AUGGGAAUAACGGGUUUGUUGCCAUUUCUCGAGAAAGCCAGCAGCCCGUGUCAUUUGCGGGAUUUGCGUGGAAAGUGUGUGGCGAUCGAUAGUUACUGCUGGCUUCACCGCGGCGCUUUCGGCUGUGCCGAGCGCCUGGCAAGGGGCGAACAAACCGAUGCUCACGUUCAAUACUGUCUCAAGUACGUCCAGCUGCUGGUAUCGUACGGGAUCAAGCCGAUUCUAGUGUUCGAUGGCCGACAUUUGCCGGCGAAAGCGGCUACCGAGGCGAAGCGGCGUGAGGGGAGAGAAAAUGCCCGCAAACGAGGCGCCGAGCUUUUGCGCUUGGGGCGUAUCGACGAGGCGAGAAAGUUUCUUCGGCGAUGCGUAGAUAUCACGCAUGAAAUGGCGCUACAACUGAUUCGCGAGUGUCGGAAGCGUCAUGUGGAUUGUGUGGUCGCGCCGUACGAAGCGGACGCUCAGCUGGCGUACCUGAAUCGCAUUGACAUCGCCCAGUACGUGGUCACGGAGGAUUCCGACCUCGUGCUGUUUGGCUGUAAUCGGAUCAUUUUCAAGCUGGACCUAACUGGCCACGGGCGGUUAGUUGAGUCAAGUAAGCUGCACUUGGCGAUGGGCUGUCGCGAAGAUCGCUAUGAAUUCAGCAAGUUCCGUCAGAUGUGCAUUCUGUCCGGGUGUGACUACUUGGACUCCCUGCCUGGCAUUGGGCUAGCCAAGGCAUGCCGUUUCGUGUUGCGGACUGAAGAUCCCGACGUACGCCGAGCGUUGGCCAAAAUACCGGCGUACCUCAACAUGCGCCAGGUGGUGGUGAGUGAGGAGUAUAAGGAGCAGUUCCUGCGGGCAGAAGCUACCUUCAAACACAUGGUGGUGUACGAUCCGGUCGCACGCAGACAAACGCGUUUGAACGAUCCGGCGAAAGAAGGCACACCGGAGGAGUGUCUGCUGGAUGCUGGAGUGUUUUUGGACGAACAAACCGCCUUUAGUUUGGCGCUGGGAAACUUGGAUCCCUUUACACUGCGCACCCUCGACGCUUGGCAUCCGGACAAUGAUGGAAGUAAUGUGCCAAGAGAAACAGGCAGCGCCAAACGAACCCGCCAUCCAAGCAUUUGGAAAACCAAUCGAGGCGAAGAUCAAUUGGAUGCUGUUAGUCCCACAGGCGAGAGCCAGUCCGCACCAAAAGCGGCUUCGUUCGUUAAGCGGCCCCCGAUAAAUGCGGAUUUCGAGCAGCAAGGCACUAAAGACAGCAUUGAUGAUGUGUUGCAUGCAUAUGGUAUUGAUUCCCCUGCAGCACCUCCCUUGAAACGGCUUUGCCAGGCCGAUACACCGCAGCCACCGUCCAUCAGAUCGAUUGCAAUUGAGUACGAAGACGUGAAUGUGCUUGAAACGAUGACGUUUCUAGAGCAACCAGACACAUCACCAAGGCGUUCGCGGAACCCGUUCUUUGUGGCCACCCGCGGACCAACUCCGUGUCGGAGCUCACCGAAUGCGCUCCUUUCCCCAACCAAGCUAACACCCGAAAAUCGGUCGCUCCUACAAAAUAUUAGCCCUGUGAAGCGAACUGAAUAUUCUACAAAGCAACAGCCUCGGGAAAGCCAGCAGGAAAUCUCGACCACCGUGAGUAGCAGUAACACCACACGAUUAAGUCGCUUUAAGCGAACAAAUACGACGGCUACAUGCAGUUCCGGAACGGUGGGACGACAAAAGGUGAUCAGCAGAUUUUUCUGCACCCAAAUGACAACAACCCCAGAUAGGAAUGUUACUAGCAAGGUGGAUGAGGAAUUGGAAGCCUCACUGGAUGAGUCUCCAACGGCCAUAGUGCGGAAGAUUAAGGAUAAACGACACAGCCAACAAAUGAAGGUGGCGGAAAUGUACCUUCGCUCACCGGAAGCACGGUUGGCAGAACGCGGAGAUCGCACACCGGAGAAACGCUCACGGGAGCACCGCAAGAAGGAGAUGGGAGCAGCAGGGCCUUCCGGGGCGCUCGUACCGAUAGCAGGUAGUGAAAAAGAGGAUCUUUCUACUGGCACAGAAAGCGACAGUGGAAUGAGCUCAUCGCAGAAAGAAAAUGACGACAUCACUGACAAAGCGAGCGAGUCCGUGAAAGAUCCACCGAUUAGUCCUGAACCUAAAGCGAAAGUUGUACGUUUAGCGUUAUUCGAACGCCAGCCGACAAAGAAAAUGGAUCAAAAGAAGAAAAAUGAAACCGACAAAGAGACUGACGAUCUGGCCAUUGCGCUAGAUGAUGAUGAUGAUGAAAUGAACAUGCCGGAAACACGCACAGUGGCCAACGAUGCAUUUAGAAAAACAUUGAAGACUGAACACGUACAAAAUACGCAUAAAAAUGGUUCUACCACUUGUAAGCACCAAUCGAAUGGUGGAGGCCCAACGAUUGAAAAGAAACCCAAACCUCAAUCUGCCUGUCGUAAACCGGGAUUGUCCAAAGCCAACGGUAGACAAGCUUCCAAAAGCGAGGUGGGAUUAACCCAAAGUAGGCUGUCAAUGUUUGGCUUCCAGAAAAAGGUAUAA